AGAAAAAAAAGAGAAGCAAGAAAAAGCAAAUUAAGAAAGAGAAAGAAAAUCUGUUUAAAAUAAGAAUGGUUAAUUGGUUCAUCUAUUUGCCACUUCUCCCUCUGAUUGUCUUUCUUGGAAAUACUCCUGUUUCACAUUCUGAGAUUAUAUCAUCAUGGUUCCGCCAACAACCUGAUUCAGCUGAUGACUAUGACGCUGAAUACAGCACCGACUAUAUAGAGCCAGCAGGGAGUGAAAUCAGAUUUAGUUUCUUUGACUCUGAUUGGAUAUAUGAAUUCUUCACUCAUGAUGUAAAUCCCUGCCAGACAAACCCAUGUCAGAAUAAUGGAAUCUGUAAAAGGAACAGAAACAGCUAUAUCUGUACCUGCCCUGAACCAUACACAGGAUCGAAGUGUGACCGUGUGAAAAAUACAUGCCAAAGAAUCAGCUGCAAUCAAGGAGAAUGUCUGAUUAUGUUAAGAGCACCUUAUUAUCAAUGCAGUUGUAGAUACCCUUAUAAACCACCAUUAUGUAAUAAAGCAUCCUCAGCUUGUCGACCAAAUCCUUGUAAAAAUGGAGGCACCUGUCAGAAGCAUCGCUUAAGGUUUAGAUUCAGCUGCAACUGCCCUGAAGGUUUCAGAGGAAAAUUUUGUGAACUAGGAACUGAAGACUGCUUUGAAGAAAAUGGCCACGCAUACAGAGGAAAUGUUAGUCAAACAAUCCUCCAAAAAAGAUGCCUUCACUGGAAUUCUCAUUUUCUUUUGGACAGUAGUUACAACGCAUUUAUGGAACAUGCUGACUAUUAUGGCCUUGGUGAUCAUAACUUCUGCAGGAAUCCAGAUGGUGAUGACAAACCCUGGUGCUUUGUCACUGUGAAUAACAAAUUGAAGUGGGAUUUCUGUGAUGUCCCCCCAUGCUUGUCAACAGCAAAGUUCUCUAGGAAUAUAACAACCUCCUUCAAGAAUCCUGCAAUAGAUAAUACAUCCAGAACAUGUGGGAAAGCAGAAAUAAUAAGACCAUUCAAGAGAAUCUAUGGAGGUGUCAAGUCAACUCCUGGCAAGCAUCCAUGGCAAGCUUCUCUUCAGAGGAAGUUUUCAGCGGGUAUGCCAAAGGAACAUUAUUGUGGAGGAGUAUUGAUUGAGCCAUGCUGGGUUCUUACUGCAGCACACUGUAUCACAACAGAAGCACACAACCUCCAGGUGUCCCUUGGAGAACAGAAUCUCAAUAGGAAAGAGGCUCAUGAACAGAAGUUUGAUGUAGACAAGAUCAUUAAACAUGGACAUUAUACAGAGCAAGAUGGCAUCCCAUACAAUGAUAUUGCUUUGCUGAAAUUAAAGCCAAUUGAUGGGCACUGUGCUGUGGAAACAAGUUACGUUAAAUCAGUGUGCUUGCCUGACUUUACGUUCCCUGAUAACACAGAAUGUUACAUAUCAGGCUGGGGAGAAACAGAAACAAGUGAAUCAUCUCAUCAACUAUUAGAUGCCAAAGUAAAACUGAUUUCCCAAAGGCAGUGUAAUGCACCAAAUGCGUAUAAUAGCAGAGUGGCAGAAAGCAUGUUUUGUGCUGGAAGUCUUCAGAGAACAAGAGCAGAUACUUGUCAGGGCGAUUCAGGAGGUCCUUUAACAUGUGUUACCAAUGGAACUUACUAUAUUUAUGGAAUUGUGAGCUGGGGAGAUCAGUGUGGAUUAAAAAAUAAACCAGGAGUUUAUACACGGGUGACAAGAUUUCUCAACUGGAUCAGAACAAAAAUUAAACACGAGUCUAAUUUUCACAACUAAGAAUGGUAGUCAUGAAGGUGGGAAGAAUGGUAGUUCAAAACUUCUGCUGCAUCAGGAUUCAAUUGGACUUGUUGGGCUCCUUCUGUUAUUUUUUCCUGCAAUCACAAUAGAUUCAGAAUAUUAUCUCCUCACAAAGACUAUUGUGUCAUUCCAUUUUUAACAAUUAUACUGAACAAUAUAUCAUAUUCUAAGUAGAAGAAAUAAUAUCCCAAAGCUGCCUUUCUAGGUUGGGUACUUUGACUGUAUAAAACUGCUUAUAAUGGAUUUAUAGCUUGGUUAUUUCAAAUUUCUUCCAAUGAUAACCCACAGAUCUUUAUGACUGCAAUAAAGAUUUUCAAGUAGUGGUUUAGAUCCAAACCAGCUGAAAUGCUGAGAUGUUCACAGACCUAUGGUAUAUGUUCAGCUGUCUUUUUUUCCAAUUAUAGUUUAGGGGAUGACCCAAAUGCAUAUUGGAAUAAGACUUGGUCCUAACAGAUCCAACGCAUCUGUGCUACCCAAAUAUGAUUACCUGCAUCAGAAUAUUUCACCAUAACUCUACCAAAAGCUCAUGAAACUAAUUUUCCUUUUGCUGGAAUAAAAGGAACUGUAUUCCAUGGCCAUUCACCUUCCUAUUGUGGCUCUGUAGUAGAGGCUGGACUAUCCAAUACAAUAUUUAGUGUGCUUGAUUUCUAAAAUUUAUAACAAAUUUUCAGCUGAAAAAUUAACAUGGUAAAAGCUAGCAAAUUAGUAUUUUUUUCCCUCACUCGUGCUUAGGCUACCCA